AAACUGUGGUGUACCAAGAUACAACGAUCUAGAAAAAUACCUAAUACUGGUCUUGAGGCUCUAAAUAUUUGUAAUAAAGAUAUCUACCCCAAUAUUUAUUUUCUCUUUAAAGUGUUAUGCACUUUACCAGUGUCAACAUCAUUGCUCGAACGUAUGUUUUCAACUCUGAAAAGAGUGAAAACGUAUUUAAGAAACACAAUGUCUGAGAAUCGAUUAAACGGUCUUGAUAUUUUGGCUGUUCAUAAAAAUAUUAAAGUUGAUGCUGAAAAAGUGCUUAAUGAAUUAGCAUUAAAACCACAU